AUGGGAUACAAAAGCCGGCCUGGAAAGCCACGUCGCUUAGCUUUAGUGACAACCUGUGUAGGCCUCAACAUAACAAAGUGGACCCGAGUCGCUGAAGAAGAGAAGAGACUACAUUAUCACGACAAUGGGCAAAAAGAAUGUUUGUCUCCGAGGAUCUCCGAGAUUCCAGGGGGUCAGGGGUCUGAGGGGUCUGAGGGGUCUGAGGGGUCACAGGGGCCUUCUGAAUGCGAGUCAGCGGACCUCAUAAACACCUUCAUUGAAAAACCGCCCACGAUGUACCAAUGGAUGCGAUGGAAAAACUGCAAGACCCAUAAGCUGCACCUGGAGGAAACCUAUCCCAGCAUUCGGCCGCCGAUCUCGAAAUGCGACGAAAUCAAGACCCUGCAUCAUAUCGACGACAGUAUGGCGGCCAACCAAUGCAUGAGGCUAUUGGACUUUGGCAAGGCAGAUGUAGUGACCAUAUGGAGAUCCACUUCCCGGAAAGACACCUUGGGGUGCUAUGGCGUUGGAUCAGAUCCCACUCCGCAGAUAUUCUUAUAUGAUGAAGCCUUGAGGAAGAGCCUUAAGGCAGCCAGUCUUCUACCCAAGCCACCAAAGAAGUCAAAUAUAAAGCCCAAGUGGCAGCUCAAGAAAAAAGGGCGGGAACCGGAAGGCGCCUAUGUCCUGAAUCGAGAAUGUCUUAAAUCCAAGCUCGACAGCAUGCCAAACGUUAAACGACAGCUGAAGUCCAGCAAUGCCUUCUCCUGGCUCCACUGCCCGCAGCCAGCGGAUGGAAGGCAUCCCUUUGAUGAUAGCACUGGCUUUCCGGCGAUCAGCUUAAAACAAGCAAUGGACAUGGUGAAACCGGAGAAGCCUCCGAAACAUGGCCUGCGACGUAAGCACUGGUACUGCCCUCCAAAAUGCGGCGAAGUUGAGAACAAGUGCACCGACUACGAGUGGGCCAACUAUAAGCUGAAUCCCCGAGCAAUCGACGAGGCUUUCCGCCAAGAAGUGGCUGCCCAGCAAAAAUUCAAGAAACACGAGCCUUCCAACUACGAUGAGCUCUACAAAUCUUUACAGAAUUGCUUUGUUCAGAACCCGAGUGGAAGAACUCAACUCUGCGAAGCGCUUGAGAAAUGUUGUAAAAAUCGCGGAGAUCCACCCUCCCAGGGAUGUGGCGAGUUUAUGCCCGGUGGCACUGGAUGCGAUGUGAGAUGCGCCUGCCUCGGAAAAUGCUGCUGCAACAGGAAAAAGGGAGGCAAAUCCUGCGGGUUUAUACCCAUUAUGAUACAGACGAAUACAUUAACCGAGAGAAACGGCGAAGAAUGUUCCUGCUUAUCAAAGGAAAAAUCGAGCACGAGUGUUCGCGACAUUUUCCAAAUGGACGUAACCGAAGAAGCCUCCAAUCUGUGAGUUAUUAUAAAGUAUACGCACCUUUGGCCGCUUGGCAUACUGCCCGGUCCGAACGUCGCGAAUUGUGGCUAUGUCCAGGAUAUCCAGCUCAUUGUUCUGAUCGACCCAGUAGAGAAAGAAGCCCUUCGCAUCGACACGCAUUGUAACCGGUGUUCCAUUGCCCGAGUCCUGUAAACAAAAGAUAUAAUGAGAACCAAAAAUAAAACAGGCUUAACCAAAACAA